UCCUCAUCAAGAGUCCUGUGGUAAAAGCCGUUCGGAAAAUGGCCGCCGCCGCCGCGCUGAGCGGAGGAGGAGGAGGCGAGGAGGACAGACUGGAAGAACAGUCUGAAGACCAAGACCUCCAGGGCCUCAGAGAUAAACCCCUGAAGUUCAGAAAGUUGAAGAGGGAUAAAAAGGAGGAGAAGGAAGGAAAACAUGAAUUCCCACAGCCAUCAUCACACCAGUCUGCUGAGCCAGCAGAGGCGGGAAAAGCAGAAACAUCAGAAGAGGCUGGGUCAGCCCCUGCUGCACCUGAAGCUUCAGCUUCCCCUAAGCAACGGCGUUCUAUCAUCCGAGAUCGGGGGCCCAUGUAUGAUGAUCCCACGCUGCCAGAGGGCUGGACAAGAAAACUCAAGCAGAGGAAAUCAGGCCGCUCCGCCGGGAAGUACGAUGUCUAUUUGAUCAAUCCACAGGGAAAAGCUUUUCGCUCCAAGGUAGAGUUGAUUGCAUACUUCGAAAAGGUAGGCGACACCUCCCUGGACCCUAAUGAUUUUGACUUCACGGUAACUGGGAGAGGGAGCCCCUCCCGACGAGAGCAGAAACCACCUAAGAAGUCCAAAUCCCCCAAGGCUCCAGGGACAGGCCGAGGGAGGGGACGGCCCAAAGGGAGCGGCACAGUGAAACCCAGGGCAACAGCCUCAGAGGGGGUCCAGGUCAAAAGGGUGAUUGAGAAAAGUCCUGGGAAGCUCCUAGUCAAGAUGCCUUUUCAGCCUUCACCUGGGGGGAAAGCUGAAGGGGGUGGGGCCACCACAUCCACCCAAGUCAUGGUGAUCAAACGCCCUGGCAGAAAGCGGAAAGUUGAGAGCGAGCCACAGGUCAUCCCUAAGAAACGGGGCCGUAAGCCAGGGAGUAUGGUGGCUGCAGCUGCUGUCGAAGCCAAGAAGAAAGCAAUCAAAGAGUCUUCCAUCAGGUCCAUUCAUGAGACUGUGCUGCCCAUCAAAAAGCGGAAGACCCGGGAAACCGUCAGCAUCGAGGUGAAGGAAGUGGUGAAGCCUCUGCUUGUCUCAACUGUGGGGGAGAAGAGUGGGAAAGGACUCAAGCCUGGAAAGAGCCCAGGUCGGAAAAGCAAAGAGAGCAGUCCCAAAGGGCGAAGUGGUAGCACCUCCUCUUCCCCCCCGAAAAAGGAACAGCAGCAGCAACAGUACCACCACCACCACUACUACCCUUCCUCAGAGUCACCCAAGGCCCCACCCCUUCCUCACCCUGAGCCAGAGAGCUCCAAGGACAGCAAAAGCCCCCCUGAACCUCAGGACUUAAGCAGCAAAGUUUGCAAAGAAGAGAAGAUGCCAAGAGGUGGUCCACCCGAGAGUGAUGGCUGCACAAAGGAGCCCGCUAAGACUCAGCCUACAGCUGCUGCUGCCGCCACCGCCACCACCACUGCGGCAGCAGAAAAGUUCAAACAUCGAGCAGAGGGAGACCGAAAGGACAUUGUUUCGUCCUCCAUGCCAAGGCCAAACCGAGAGGAGCCUGUGGACAGCCGGACGCCCGUGACAGAGAGAGUUAGCUGACUUUUUAAAAAGUGGAUUUAAAAAACAAAAGAAUAAAGGCAGCUGUUGUCUCUUCUCCUUA